UCUCUCAAAGUCUCAACUCUCGACUCCUUGUUAAUCCCUCCUUGGCCUGGCCAGCAUCACCAAGCUUGCCUUUUUCCACAAAGACCCACUUGGUCUGCUUCGAAAUGGUUUGCUGAACUGUUGUCACCACUGGUCCUCACUUCAACAUCAAAGUCUCGAUUUCCCACCGUAACACUCGCUCUAAACGACAAGUUCAACCGUUUUAACCUGCUGUUUUGACUUGGCACGAUAUACUUCACGACCAUCCACGAAUAGGCACCAUCUUAAUUGAGUUCAUGCUUCGGGCCGCGCCACCAUUUUCAACAUGUCUCUCGAUAUCAACUCGUUGCUUAACCCCGAGAAGGCCGUCAACCGGGAGACGGAGGCUCUUAUGAUGUUCACGGGCAUAUUUGACGAGUUCAGAAAGACGUUUCCGCGGCACAGGCAGAGAGAAGGUGAAUUGGCGUACAUGGCAGACGUCACGAUGCAUGUUUUCGAUGCCUUCAAGAAGUUCACCGACGACUACCUGACGAAAGAGCGCUUGGAAUCGACCGGCCACAAUCUCGUAGACCAGGCAUACCGCGCUAAUGGGUUCAACGACAUGGGCAUUCUGGAAUUCGCAAAAACUCAACACAAAAUGCUAAACAAUAUGAAGGAAGAAAUCAACAGCAGUGCGGGCAAUCUGAAGACCAUCAGAGAUCGCGCAGCUCCACCACACCAAAACAGAUAUCUUCCAGAGUACAGACAGCACCCUAUGGCUUCGGACUCCAGCUCCAGGUCGUCAUUCUCCGUUUUAGGAUCGAGCUCGACAACAGGGUUCUCUGCGGUGGGAUCUCAGGCAUCAUUUUCUGACAGCUCGCGUACUUACCAUCCGUCUGAUGGUGACAGACGAUCAACCAGCCCACCAUCUCCACAUGACGAGGACGAGGAGGAGGAUGACGAUGUCUUGGAUGUGGACGACUCGGACGAGAGGAGCCCGAAUCGUGUGGAUAUGGACUCUCUUCGACACAGAGGUAAGGGCGAGUAUAGGUGCCCUUACUGGAGGACAUGCCAAAAAGGGGGUCAAAAUACCAACGGGGGACCCAAAAUCUUUCACCGGAACUGCAUGUACAGGCAACACUUGCAGAAGCAUUCCAAACCUCACAAGUGCCAACUACCAGGGUGUCCAAAUAAGGACGGGUUCGCCAGGAAGGACCAGUUAGUUCGACAUCAGCAAAAUGUCAAGCACGACCAGCCCUUACCGUUGCCUGGGGCCCGAAGGUAGUAUUGCAUCUAAGCUCAUGAAUUAGUCUGCAGCCGGGUUGAAUUCCGGACCAGCAACCGGGACAGCAUCCGGGGCAGGCAGAGCGAAUUCCAUUUACAGCACGACAUGAUGAUUGGGGGCAACAGCGGUUUUUUCUCUCUCUGUUUCUUGCUUGGUAUAAGGGACAAGCAUUCCACGGCG